AUGGUCUUCUAUUUUACAUCUUGCAUGAUUAGUUCGGUUGUCGUUUUUCUUUAUCCUGGCUAUGCAUCCUACAAGACCCUUUCCCAGAGACCAGCCUCUGAGGAGGAGUUGGAGCGAUGGCUGAUGUAUUGGUCGGUACUGGGAUGUAUCGUCGGCGUCGAGUACGCUGCAGAGUGGCUUAUUUCAUGGGUACCAUUCUACUACCUCGUGAAGACCAUAUUUCUUCUCUAUCUAGCACUCCCGCAAACACGCGGCUCAUCCUACCUCUACAUCAACCAUCUUGAACCAUUCUUCCAGGCUCAUGAAUCCCAGAUCGAUGCGACGCUCGCAUCUUUCAAAAUUCGCAUUUAUGCCUUCAUCCAGCAAAAGUUUCGUAUUUUAUGGGAUGCACUCGCUGCGGCAAUCGGUCAACAGCAACAGGCCCAAUUUGCUCCCGCAGGCGGGGUGACAGACACCGGUGUACCCCCAACUUUGGCUGACCCUGCAUCAGGGCCCGCUCGGCUUGCCAUGGGGCUCUGGCACUCGUAUGGCCCUACGAUCCUCGCUUCUGGCACAGCACUGCUGCGUCAGGGUGCUGCGGCAGCGGGAACAUCUGCUGACCAAGCCUGGAAUACUCCCGCAAACACCUUCACAAGGCGUUCUGACGCAGGUCAUCAGGGCUCCUUGAAAGAUCGCAGGCGCGAGCUUGAAGCUGAGCUUGCGUUCAUCAAUUCGGCAGAGCGUCCUGCUGUCUUGACUCCUCCUGCUUCAGGCUCCAUCCAGCCACCUUCCCGUGCAUCUUCGGACUUUGAGUUGCGGGAGCGUGGGUCCAGCUUUGUUGGGCGAUUUGAGGAAGUAGACGUCCCCAGCGAUGCAGAGGGAUAUGACGUUGAUGGUGACUCUGGUCGGGAGGGUCGUGACAGGCCUGAGGCGAGGAAAGCUGCCAGCUGGUUUGGCUGGGGAGGUGCGGCGCCAAGCAAGGGAGGAAAGUCGGAUUAG